AAGCAGAAGUACUAUGAAUUCGCAUCUGAUCGUCAAUUCUAUACACGUUGAGCUAUCGCCAGGAAAUGAAAUGAUUACUUCUAAAACUAUGUAAUACUCGACAGUAACUAGCCUGAUUAUUACUUAUUUUAUCUGUGUUGGGUCAGUCAUUUGUAUAAUAACUAUUAAUCAAUGCGAUCUUAAACAGGCGAAACUUUUGCAAUUAUACCAUUGGUUUGGAACUAAUAAUGGUGCAACUUUAUAAUAUUUUUUUAAUUUGAAAAUGGAAUAAAAAAGGAAAAACAAAUAUUCCAAUGUAAAUAUUUUAAGUUCAAGGAUUUAAUAAAUAGUGAAAAUGGCAACGAGAAAAAGAAUCGACAGAGCAUCUAGUGUUAUAAUGAAGAACAUUGUUGUCAUUAGUUUUAUUAGUAGUAUUCUGAAUACUGUUCUUCUGUGUAUAUCAGCAUCAAAAGAAACCUGGAUGUUUGGGAAUGUUUCUUGUCAAAUCCAUGCCAUUGUAUGCUACGUCUUGUUAUCCAGUAUUGCCUGGUUGACAUCUCUGGCAGCGAUUGAAAGGUUAUACAAAUGUUUAUCAUCUGGAAGUUAUUCGAUGACAUUUUCUGAAAUCAAUACUCGCAUCCUGAUAUUUGGAAUGUAUAUGACAGCUUUCUUUCUCUGCACUGGUCCGAUGUACGGAUGGGGAGAGUAUUCACAAUUCAAAGGAUUAUUGAUGAUAAAAGUAAGAUUACUUUCACGUCAUGCAACAGAGUCAACAGAUUUGUGUAAUACCACUUUAACUAAUACAGAUGCUGAAAAUAUUCAAUAUUUUGGACAAUUGAUUACAUCUAGCUUGCAGGAAAAAUGGAAUAUGUACAUCCGUACAACGAAUAUUAAAUGUGAUAUCCAUUUCACAGUGAGGAUUCGAGAUGUCACUUCAUUAACAGUAUUACUAGAAGACGUGGAGUCUCAACAAACUGGGAAUAUUUUAUAUGACCUAAUUACUCACCUGAACAAUAACGUUACAGAGAGAUAUACACCUGAGAUUAUUGUGGAUAGAAGCAAUAUGCAUAAUUAUAAAAAUGUUCUUCUACCAUUUCAAAGUCUUGGAGUUUGUACUUUGGAUUUUUCUUCAGUCAAUGAUUAUAAAAAGUCAGCUACAUAUUACAUAUUCGGAACAACUCUUAUUUUACCAUUUGCUGUAACCGCAGCAUGUGGAUUAGUUGUGCUUAUGAACCACUAUUCCGGUUCAUUACCUGAUAACAUUGUUAACUUUAAGAUAAUAUAUUUUGGAAGUCUGUUAAGUUUCAUAUGCUGUUUUCCUUACUACAUUAUCAAUUUUAUGAAUGGAUCUGGACAUUUCAUACCAAGACAUGCCAAUUUUGUCUCCACGUUUUUCUUUUAUAAUUCUUCUUUGUGUUUGACGAUUCCGUAUCUACUAUAUAGGCGACCGAAAUGUAGAAAAUCAACAAAAUCUACAAAAAAUUCACAUUCCUAUUCAAAUAGCAAUGGAAUACAAGAAGAUAUCCAGGUGGAACAAGAAUAUUCUAAAGUUGAUUACGUGUGAUUCAAGUUGUUUAUAUCAAUAUAUUCUCUGCUAUCAGCAAACCCAACAUUUUGGAUUAUUUGUGACACACACACUAUGUUAAGCUCAAAAAGUGAAGACGGCAUUCAGAAUCAGCAAAAUGCAUUGGUUUAUCUAAAAUGUUCAGCUGAUAAAAUAAAACAUGAAAAUAAUUGGUCGUUAUAUCAGUGCAGAUAUUUAAACAGAUUGCCCUUAUGGAAAACACUUCCAUUUACGAAAGCACGAAAAAAGUGAAAUAUCAUACUACAAUUAUUUGUCUACAUGUUAUCAUUUUGAUAUCGUCAUUGUAGAUGAUCAUCCUAUUGACUUGUUUUGCUAGUAAAUUUAUAACAUU